AUGUCAGACGCACCCGAUUCCGCUAUGGAGAUUGAAAGCUCUCAGUCCAACUCUGCUCUCGUCGGCCAGGUUAAAUCGUUUGUUGCUGGUGGUGUAGGCGGCAUUUGCGCUGUUCUGACCGGCCACCCCUUCGACCUGGUCAAGGUCCGCCAGCAGACCGCCAGCUCUCCCCUGAGUGCCAUUGGAGCCGCCAAGGCGAUUCUUACCAAGGACGGCCCGCGUGGUUUCUACCGGGGUGUUGCCGCGCCUCUUGUUGGCGUGACCCCCAUGUUUGCAGUGUCCUUCUGGGGUUACGACGUUGGCCAGCGCCUUGUCCGGUCGGUCACCGGCACCGAGGCGAGCAAGAAGCUGUCGAUUGCUGAAAUUUCGGCUGCCGGCUUCUUCUCGGCCAUCCCCAUGACGGCCAUUACUGCUCCCUUUGAGCGGGUCAAGGUCAUUCUGCAACUCCAGGGACAGGGCAACCUCAAGGAGGGCCAAAAGCAGUUCACCGGCGCUAUGGACGUCGUCAAGCACCUCUACCGCGAGGGCGGCAUGAAGUCCGUUUUUAAGGGCAGCGUGGCUACUUUGUCUCGUGAUGGCCCGGGAUCUGCCCUGUACUUUGCUGCUUAUGAGUACAUCAAGCGCAAGGGCGCUGAUGCCGACGGCAACGUGCCGCUGUCGACGAUUGUUUUCGCCGGUGGUAUGGCUGGUAUUGCAAUGUGGGUACCUGUGUUCCCUAUUGACACUAUCAAGUCUAACCUGCAGUCGAGCGAUAAGCCACAAUCGAUCGCCCAAGUCACCCGGUCUAUUUAUCAGCGCGGGGGCAUGAAGGCCUUCUUCCCUGGCGUGGGUGCCGCCUUGGCCCGCUCGUUCCCUGCAAACGCCGCGACCUUCCUUGGCGUCGAGAUGACCUACAAAUUCUUCAACGGCGUUGGUCUUUAA